GUAGGGGUUCUUCAUACUUUACUAUCCAUGAAAUAAUUGACACGGACGCAUCUGUGUCAGUUACACAGUUGCGAAAGCAUCUGUUUAGAUUUUUUUUUAAAAAUUCUCAUAAGAAAUGAAUCAUUACAGCAACCUCUUUUUGUUCAUGCUGUCAUUUGCUGCAUUUUGGUUUUUUUCUAACUUAGUGCCCUCUUUUUGUAUUAUUCUAGAAAAAUUAUUAGUUGUUUCUGCUGCACUAUUUGCAUCUAGUUUGGUAGCCAAAUUUUUAGAGAAAAAACUCUUAGACGGAAAGGUAUCGGCCAAUAACAAAGCCGUUUUCAUUACAGGCUGUGAUUCAGGAUUCGGAAAAGAAUUGACUAAGCGUUUGGAUCAGCUUGGUUACAAAGUCUUCGCUGGUUGCCUGGAUUCAAAAGGGAAAGGUGCACUUGAAUUAGUUGAAACUUGCUCUUCCAAAGUUGAAAUUAUCUCUCUAGAUGUCACAAGUGAUGAGAGCAUAGAAGAGGCGAGAAAUCACAUAGCUAAUAAUCUCAAAGGAAAUGUUCUUUGGGCUGUGGUCAAUAAUGCAGGAGUUGUACAAAGUGGAGAAAUGGAUUGGGCAUGCAUGGAAGACAUUAGGAUGGUAUAUGAAGUGAAUACUUUUGGCACAAUCAAAGUUACAAAAACUUUUUUACCCCUAAUAAAAGCAUCAAAAGGAAGAAUAGUAAAUAACACUAGUGCUGUUGGUCGUUUUAUUUGCCCAGGCUUUGUUGGCUACUGUAUGUCCAAAAGUGCAACCAUUGCAUUUACUGAAGGUCUAAGAAUAGAAAUGUUAAAAUGGCAUGUAAAAGUUAUUAGCAUUGAGCCUUUCUUUUAUAAAACUCCUCUGACCACCUUGGAAACAGCAAUUCAAACUGCUGAAAAUGCAUGGAAAAAAGUUGACCCAGACACUCAUAAAGUAUAUGGAGACAGUUACUUUGAAAGUUUCAAAUACAAUUGUCGCCACACUGCUGAUCUAGGCAGUUCCAAAAUUCAUGAAGUCAUUGAUUGCUUUGAAGAUGCCAUAACUUCAAAAAUGCCGAAGCCUGUUUAUUUCCCUGCUUAUCUACCUCACAAAUUCGGUAUCCUAAUUUCAAAACUCUUGCCAACAAAAUUAAUGGACGACUAUAAAAGACUUCAUCUUGACAGUGGGGAAAGACCAGCAGCUUUAAAAAGACACACAAAUUAGAAACAA